AAGGAUUCCUCCACACAUUCCCAAAUAACAGAAUUCGACAUGGAUAAAUUAAGAAGUACAAUCAAACAAUUUGUAAGAGAAUGGGCAGCGGAAGGUCAAGAAGAACGGGAUGCGGCCUAUAAACCCUUACUUGAGGCGUUAAUCGAAUUUUUUAAAGAUGUUCCAGUUGAAGAAAGGUCUUCAAUUCGUGUGCUAGUACCUGGUGCUGGACUAGGAAGAUUGGCUUUUGAUGUCGUAAAACAAGGUAUUGCUUCAGUUGUCAAGGAAAUGAAUUUUCAUUUUACAUGGUAUGUCUUACUUUUCACUAACAAAAGUAAGCACAAAAAGCUAAUUGGUCGAAUAAAAACUAUCUCAGCUAUUGGCAUCGCACUUUAUUUUAAACAGAGAAUUCAUCAAUAUGAAAUAUACCCUUUUGUUCAUUCAUUCUCCAACAUCGUAUCAUCUGAAGAUCAAUUACGACCUAUAUACAUACCUGAUGUAUUACCAAGUAGUAUACCUUCUGGUGUAAGUUUUUCGAUGGUAGCGGGUGAUUUUGUUGAAGUUUAUGGUGAUGAACAGUACAAUGAAACUUUUCUCCUAGCUAAAUAUGUUAUUAUAGUCAGUUUUACCGUAGUUAAUCUUAUUUAUUUACUGGCAAAAUUUAAUGUUAUCAAUAAUUCAUCAACAGAUCAAUGGGAUUGUAUAGUGACUUGCUUCUUCAUCGAUACAGCAAAGAAUAUUUUAGAGUACAUUGAAAUAUUUCAUCGUAUUCUUAGACCCGGUGGUCUUUGGAUCAAUUUAGGUUUAAUUGCUAAUUCUUGUUGA